UACCAUUGUGACAACAGUUGGAUAUAUACACAUACGGCGUCACUACGAAGUCGAAUGCGAUAUGGCUUCGAGUCGGGUGACUUUCGGUGGUGUUGUUCUGUUAAUGGCAUUGGCGCAAGUUCACUGCCAGAACUGCCCGUAUGGCUGGUACACGCAGUCCCAGUGGUGCUACCUCUUCUCGCAGAACUCCGCUACUAAGACAUAUGAGAACGCCAGACUGAAAUGCCAGGCUCUCGGAGGAGACCUUGUCAAAGUCACCAGCAAAGCGCAAUGGAGCUUCUUGAACAGAACCUUACACACGCUGACUACCAGGAGCCACGGUCACUACACUCACUGGUGGAUAGGACUGAAGAGAAACGGCAAUACCAACACGUGGUCUUGGGCUGAUGGCAGCAGUUCAAAUAUGGGUCUCUUGCAGUGGUCCAGUGCCACCAAAACAAACGACAUGACAAAGUCGUGUGUCAAUAUUCACAACUACCAGAUGGAGGUUAGCUCAUGUACCAGGGAUGCCUACCAAUCCAUAUGUCAACGCCAAAGAGGAUUGCCCCUGAAGUGCGAUACUGACCAUGGCUGGGUAAGCUUCAAUGGCAUGUGCUACAAGUAUUUCAACUCUCAGCGCACAUGGAACGACGCCAGCUCCUCGUGCGAUCAUUCCGGCGCCACCUUGCCUAUAAUAAAUGAUCUGACAACACAGACUUUUAACGCUCAGUUUGCUCGAGAAGCUCAUGGCAACUUAUGGACAGGAUUGAGGUCGGUUAGUCAGGGCAACAGUUACGCCUGGACGUGGCAAGAUGGAUCGUUGCUGGCUGGCAACCCCUACUGGAGACCUUCUCAACCACCAUCCAAAUUCAAUGCGAACAAUACAUGCGUGGAACUUUCCAACAACGCCGCACCUUCAACGUGGGUGGCUGUUUCCUGUAGCUCCAAGAAUAAAUACUACUGUGUUAGACCGGAAGGUACAUGUGCGGACGGCUGGCUGGAGUAUGGUCCAGAAUGCUACCUGUUCAAUCCCCGCUACUCUCUGUCCUGGCCGGCAGCACUCAGCUACUGCAAGGGACUCGGGGGGAACCUGGCCUCCUUACAAACCAAAAAUAUUCAGGCCUUCAUUAACCAGUAUCUUUCAACCCAAAAUGCAGUGGGAGUCACGGAGUUGUGGAUUGGUUUGACUGACAAUAACAAAGAUGCUGGACCUUGGACUUUUUCAAACGGAGCGGCAAUAGGUACGACUUCCUUCAAGAACUGGAACAGUGCCAAGCCUUCCAACAGUAAAGGACACCAGGAUUGUGGCUACAUCGUCACAAGCGACAGAAAUGGAAAAUGGCACGUGUCGUCGGACUGUGCUCACGUGAGAUCCUUCAUCUGUCAGAUACCAACUAAUAAACAAGUGAAGCAAAUUACACAUCCGCCAAAUUCGUUCAGCUGCCCCAAGGGCUGGGUGAACCAUCGCCAGUAUUGCUACUUCUUCAACGAGCAGGAUAAGUCAUAUCCCUUAGCCUCAGACUGGUGUGUCAGCAAGUCUGGUCAGAGCAACUGCCAACUCGUCAAGAUUCCUGACGACGACACCCAAGGCUUUAUCUCGAGUAAGGUACAGCAUCACGGAGACUACUGGAUCGGACUGAACGACCAGACAAAUGAGGGAAAGUGGACAUGGCCGGGGGAAACCACCAACGCUACAUACACACAGUGGAUAAAGGGUCAACCGGACAACAAGCAGAACGGCAACGAGAACUGUGUUGUCAUGUACGCUACCAAGACACCCGAACAGAAUGGUCUUUGGCAUGACUUUAGCUGCGACGCCAGGUUCAACUUUAUAUGUCGGUUUAAAGCAGUAAAUGCCUACGUGUCUCCGCCUCCGACAACACCAAAACCAUGGACAACAAAGUGCGGUGCCUUCUGGGAAUCUGACCCCACGACGCCUUACUGCUACCAGUUCAGUGAUCAACAACUCACGUGGUACGACGCCGACACUACGUGCAAGGCACAUGGUGGACGCUUGGCUACCGUCGAGUCGAGCGAGGAGUCCGCCUUUAUUACAGGGAGAAUCAGAGGAAAGCUGUCUGCAGAUUACUGGAUAGGGGCCAAUGACCUUGGUACCGAGGGCGGCUGGAGAUGGGCAGAUAACAAACCAUUUGGCUAUCUCAACUGGAAUGCAGGAGAACCCAACGACUACGCCAACAACGAGGACUGUGCCGCCGUGCUGUCCAGCACUGGCCGCUGGCACGACACCGUCUGCAACGAGAGAAGAGGGUAUAUUUGUAAAAAGUCAGUGUAUUACCAGUGCGACAUCGGAUGGCUGGGGUUUGAAAACAGCUGUUACAACUUUAACAAGGGUAAAACCACCUGGCAGGGAGCACGGGCUUGGUGCAAGAAGCAGCAUGGAGACCUUCUCAGGGUCUCGAACACAGACAUACUUGGUUUUGCUAAAGAUCACAUCGACACCUCCGGAAACUGGUGGAUUGGUUUAAACGACAUAAAACACGAGGGCGGAUUUGUAUGGCUUGAUGACACGUCUCCUAGUGGAGUCAUCCAGUGGAAACCAGGCGAGCCAAACCAGGACGGCAACGAGGACUGUGUCGGAAUGUCGAUGACGUUUGGAUCACAGCUGUACGGCAAAUACAACGACUUCGUUUGCAGCUCGAAAUUGAACUUCAUCUGCGCCAAACCCGGGAAUAAAGUUGGAGCUACCUCUCUACCCCAGACAACCUCGCCAAAGUCUGUUCCAGCUGGCUACACAUACCAAUGUCCCCAGAACUGGCGUAAUUACCGCGGAUCCUGCUACUAUUUCGCCUGGAACACUGGUUCAUGGGACAACUCCAUCCAACAGUGCGCGUACCAGGGAGCCAAACUCGCUAGCACCAUCGACGAUGGAGAAAAUAAGUUCGUCUACUCCAUGAUCCCGAAAAGUUUAGCCAAACACGGCCAUUUCGUAUGGAUAGGCCUGAAUGAUAAAGUUUUAGAGAUGAAGUUCGCUUGGCAGGACGGCCAGCCCGUGUCGUACACCCACUGGGCCAAGAACGAACCCAACAACUGGAUGGGGCAUGACGAGGACUGUGUUGCUAUGUCGGCGGACUAUCCCGCUUGGCAAGACCGCGUGUGCGAAGACAAACUGAGCGGGGCCGUGUGCAAGAAACCGAUGACCAUUAUAUCCAACUCCAAGCUGGAACUCGGCAACGGUUGCCAAGGAUCCUAUCCCGCUUGGCAAGACCGCGUGUGCGAAGACAAACUGAGCGGGGCCGUGUGCAAGAAACCGAUGACCAUUAUAUCCAACUCCAAGCUGGAACUCGGCAACGGUUGCCAAGGAUCCCAACUCGGCCUCCACGCGACCUGCUAUGACUUCAAGUGGGUACCGAAAUCGUGGCGGGAUGCAGAGAAGGAUUGCAUAGCUAACAAAGGUCACCUCGCCACCAUCACUGGCAGUCAUGUUCAAGCCUUUCUGGGCGCCGAGAUGCUGGUCAAGCCGUCAGCGUUCUGGGUGGGAUUGAGCGACAUUGACAACCCUGGGACGUACCAAUGGUCAAGCGGUCAGGCCCUUGAUUUUACAGCUUGGUACGAGACUCACACUGGCAACGAGAGAAAAACGUGCGUUGGUAUCCGAUCUGGCCACCCUGCCGGACUGUGGGAAAACCACAACUGUACCGACCACCGACCAUACAUCUGCGAGUACCCCCGGACAGGCUACACCACCGCCCUGACCCCGCCUCCAACCACGCCCAGUCCCCUACCGUGUCCCAAGUCCUGGCAUGGCUACAAUGAUAUGUGCUAUAGGUACUUCGGAGGAAAGGCGUACACGCUGAAAACGUGGACGGAGGCGAGGGACCUUUGUCGCGGGUUGGGCGGCGAUCUCGUCAGCAUCUCCAACUCCACCCUCGAGAGUUUUUUCCACAAAAUAGUAUGGAACGGAACUUGGUCUUUCUGGAUAGGGCUGAACGAUCGGGAUAUAGAGGAUGGGUACCAGUGGACGGACGAAUCUCCAUUCGGCUACAGCAACUGGGCUAAAGGGGAACCCAACAACUUGAACGCCCAAGAGGACUGCGUCGAAUACAACUUCGUCUCCGACUCCUGGAACGACUUCUACUGCUACACAGCGAAACACUUCAUGUGUCAGAUCCAGAGAGGUAUCCAGAUAACUACGACACCGACACCACCGGCAGCGUCGACAUCGACCCUGUGUAAAGGCAAUGGUACCUGGUAUUACUACAACAAACACUGUUACAUGUUGAGUCCACAAAACGGGUCGGACGCCCACAAGUCGUGGUUCGAAUCCCAGAGGUACUGUAUGGCUGCUGGGGGCGACCUAGCCAGCAUACACAGCCCUGAAGACAACGCCUUCUUAACAGCCCUGACAGCCAGAACAUUCCAUAGGCUGCAGUAUUGGAUCGGUUUCAACAACCUGGAUAUGUCUGGCUACCAGUGGUCUGACGGCAGCCCUGUCCAGUUCCUGGAUUGGCAGGUUCAUCAGCCGAAUGAUGGACUCGGCGAGAAAAGAUGUGUCGACCUCGACAACCACUUUGGCACGUGGUACGACCAGAACUGCAAUGACAUCAUGGGGUUCAUAUGUCAGAAGUUACCAUGGAAGACAGCUCCCGUGACUCCAGUCCCCACGGCGGUAGUACAGGGGGGAUGUCCCCCUGGUUUCAGCACCUUCUCCAGAUCCAACCGAUGCUACAUGGUGGGGGGUACGGCAAAGGCACAGAACCUCAACUGGACGAACGCUAACGCUAUGUGCCAGACAAAGGCUACUGGAGCAACGCUGGCCAUAGUGUCAUCGAAUCUGGAAAAUAAGUUCCUGACAACACUGUUACGGGGUGUUUCCGGCCAGGUAUGGAUCGGCCUUAUGGAUAGGACGACGAACGGCCGUUACAUGUGGGUGGACAGCUCAGAGGUAGCGUUCACACACUGGGCGCCCGGCCAGCCAGAUGAAGAUAUCACUGACGAUAAGAUAGAACAUAGAAGGGACUGUGUGAUGGUGUGGACCCUGCCGACUGGGAAGUUCCAGGCCGGAGGUUGGGACGACUACUUCUGUGAUGCCACGAGGGCAUAUGCCUGCAGUGUAUCCAAAAUAACAUCGUAUCCCAGCCCCAGCCAGAGCACUGCGGGAUGCAGCAACGGCUACAUCAACUACGGAAAAAGCUGCUACAAGGGCUACACCACCCUCAAACAGUGGUCGGACGCUCAGUUUGCGUGCGGUGCUGAUGGAGGAAACCUUGUCUCCAUCAAUGAUGCUUUUGAGGCGUCCUUCGUUGACCUGAUAGUCGCAGGCCAAGGCAUGUCUUGGAUAGGAUUAAAUAAUCUCGAUGACAACGGUCACUUCACCUGGACGGACAAGUACCCCGUCAAGAUGACCAGGUGGGCGUGGAAGGAACCUUCCACAGGACCAGGGGAAGGUUGUGUUGUGGAGAAAUGGAACUUCAUGUGGAACAAUACCAAUUGUACCAGCAGCCACAAAUACAUCUGCGAGAUACACUUGGACGGCGGCCCGGUCACUACAACGCCGGCCCAGGGACACUGCCCGGACUCUACCUGGUUAGCAGGGGCAGACUACUGCUACAAGGUGAUGACCAACCUGACCAAGUCCUGGCCUGAGUCCCGGUUCCUGUGUCAGAGGAUGAGGGCAGAGCUGGCCAGCAUCAGCAGCCAGGCAGUGAUGAAUGAGGUGGCUGGCAUCGCGGGCCAAGCCCCCACAGAUAUAUGGAUAGGACUAUCCAAAACGGAAGAUGGGGGCUUCGUUUGGACGGACAGGAGCCCCGUCAACUACCUACACUGGGCCCACAACGAGCCAUCAGACACCGACAGUGAAUGGCAUCAAGACUGUGUCGUCAUGAUGGCGUCGGGAGGCUGGAUGUGGAACGACAUCGACUGCAUGACUCAGGCCGGGUACAUGUGCAAAAUACCGAAAAGUACAACGACUGUGAGUCAAGGUCAAGGAGCCGUAACUCAAAAUCCAAACACACCUUAUCACGGUGGACAGACUCCAUUCCAUCCAAAUACACCAUUCAACCCAGCCGGCAACCCUGGCGUCAGCACCUUUCAACCAUCGUACACAGGAAAUGGGGGCCCUCAUACCUCCAGGGUGAACCAGAACGGAGGCAGCAGUAGCCCCAGCAGCGGUGGAAUGACAGGGGGCGCCAUAGCGGGGAUCCUCAUCGGGUUCAUCGCACUCCUCGUCCUCGUUGUCAUCGCGUUCUUUGUAGUGAGAAGAAAAUACAAAUUUCUGCCCAAUUUGCCAAAUCUGGGUUUUGAAAAUGCCCUGUACAACAAAGACAAGGAAUCAGUUUCAAUGUCCACUGACAAUGAGUACACGGCUGACUGUUGAGAACCAUCUGUGAACGGUGUUGAUAGACGUGUUCCUAGUUUAAUAGGAAGGAAGUUCGGGUGUAAAAUGUCAGCCUGGUUCCCGGGGUCUGCCGCGCAACGCUUCAACUCGCAGUGCUGAAGCCUAGCGCAGCAGACCCCGGGAACCAGGCUGAAUAAAAUGUGAGAUGAUAGAUCACCACGCUGCCUUAUUAUGCCGCAUCAGCGAUGCGAUAUCACUUCAGCUUUGCUUCAUUUACACUGCAGGACAAAAGAAACUAUACACCCAUGUUUAAGUGAGUGAGUGAGUUUAGUUUUACGCCGCGUUUAGCAAUAUUCCAGUAAUAUCACGGCGGGGGUCAUCAGAAAUGGGCUUCACACAUUGUACCCAUGUGGGGAAUCGAACCCGGGUCAUCGGCGUGACGAACUAACGCUUUAACCAUUAGGCUACCCCACCGGCCUAUGUUUGACGGUUGCUGAAGAACAUAAAAACAUGGAGGGAGGUGUCAUAGUUUGUUUGGGAGACUGUUUUCACACAAGUAACGCUUUUAACGAUUGUAACUUUGCACGACACUGUAGUUCAAAACGUCAAAAACGUGUUUGUGGACAGAGGAUGACGUAUUUCGGACAAGGGUUUAACGAGAACUUCAAGAAAAUAUUAUCGUCACUCCAGACAGACUCCUGUAUCUUUCUUCAGAACUUUUAACGUUUGUUGUCAGCGGUAAUGGCACAAUGGGGUUUACGGGCGCUUCUAACGAUUACUUAGAUACCAAUGCAGAACUUUAAAAUAUUGUCGUAUUCUGUUGGCAGUUAGAUAGAGGAAAUUUACAAUUGCCUUUAGCAAUUACCAUAGGCACACUGAGUUAUUCCAUUUGUCAUAACAAAAGACUGCAGUUUGGUGUUAGGUUAUUGCUGAAAGGGAUUUAACGAGCGCUUCGAACUAUUUUUGUCAUUUGUCUCCAUAUUAUACUACGACCAAGUGUCUUUAAAUAUAUACUGAGAGAAACAAAUAAAGGAAAAUUCAAGCGUUCCUUUAAUAUUUUCCAGUUUUCAUCACCAGCUUUGAAUAGGCUGUGGGGAAAAAUCUGAGAAUAAAUAAAGGAACACUGCCUUGAAGUGGUGUUCCCUUAUUUGUUUCCCUCAGUAUAUAUGCUUUUGACCGAAUAAUCAUCGCAAUGACUCGGUGUACUGUACUGUUACCUCAUUUGUACCUAUAAUUCACCAUGACAUUUUGCUAUGUUGCUAUCAGGAGCUUGGUUGAUGUUAUAAGCAUAUGUUAUAGUUUGAUUGAACUAUUUCAUCAUAUUGGAUAUUUACAUUUCAGAAUGUAUAUUAUGUAAAUAAACAUUUACAAUUAUUUAAA